AUGUCUGGCGUUAAUGAAAAGCUACCAGAACUGCUUAAUGACGCAGUUUUGAAGGCUUCUGUUCCUAUUCCAGAUGAUUUUGUCAAAGUUGAAGGUAUUGAUUAUACCAAGCCAGAAGCCGUCGACAUGAGAGCGUCUGAUCUAGUUGAUUCGAUGAAGCGUAUGGGCUUUCAAGCUUCUGCCUUAGGACAAGCCUGUGACAUCAUCAAUGAAAUGAGAUCUUGGAGAGGGAAGCACAUUGAUGAACUUGAUGAACACGAUAAAAAAGGUUCUUAUGAUGAAAGUGGAUACCAAAAAACCACGAUUUUCUUGGGUUACACUUCAAAUUUGAUCAGCUCUGGUCUCCGUGAGACGAUUCGUUUUUUGGUUCAGCACAAAAUGGUCAGCGCUGUUGUUGCUACCGCUGGUGGGAUUGAGGAAGAUCUAAUCAAGUGCCUUGCCCCCACGUACAUGGGAGAAUUUUCUUUGAAAGGAGCGUCGUUGCGUGAUCAGGGUUUGAAUCGUAUCGGAAAUUUGUUGGUCCCCAAUGACAACUACUGUAAGUUUGAAGAAUGGAUUGUCCCUAUUCUUGACAAAAUGCUGGAAGAACAAGAAGAAUAUAUUUCCAAGCAUGGUUCUGAUUGCCUAGACGCAAACACCGAUGUCGAUUCUCCAAUUUGGUCUCCUUCUAAGUUGAUCGACCGUUUAGGAAAAGAAAUCAAUGAUGAAUCUUCUGUGCUGUACUGGGCUCACAAAAACAAGAUACCCGUUUUCUGCCCAGCAGUAACUGACGGGUCGAUCGGUGAUAUGCUUUUCUUCCACACCUUUAAGGCUUCUCCAAAGCAGCUAAGACUAGAUAUCGUUUCAGAUAUCCGUAAAAUUAACUGCAUGUCUAUGGAGGCUUCUAAGGCAGGUAUGCUUCUGUUGGGUGGUGGUUUGAUAAAGCAUCAUAUUGCCAACGCUUGCUUGAUGAGAAACGGUGCAGACUAUGCCGUUUAUAUCAAUACUGGCCAAGAAUUUGAUGGUUCUGAUGCCGGUGCCAGACCAGACGAGGCUGUGUCUUGGGGUAAGAUUAAAGCUGAUGCGAAGUCUGUCAAGGUUUAUGCUGAUGCAACUGUUGUGUUCCCUCUAGUUGUUGCUGCUACUUUUGCCAGCGAGAAACCAUCGAAUUAA